AAAGAGUGUCUUUGGUAGAUUCUUUCAUUUUGAUAUAAAUAAUUGUAGAAAAAAAAAAAAAAAAAGUUAGAAAGGAUCGUUGUGCUAGGGGAUAGAUCUUUAAAGAAAAUAGGCAUAAAGCGGGGUUCCACAAUGGCGUCCAAUGAAAUCAGUGGCUUGUUGAACCAUCCCAUUUUUUAUGACACUUGUCAUCAGCGGGCAAGCUUUUAUUGAUCAGCAACGCUUUUUUUUUUAACCAAUGUCAGACAAGGUCAUUCCAAGCGAAGAGGAGCUGAUUAAAGCUAUUCAAGAUAUCAAGCUCAACAAACCUGAAGCAGGUGUGAAAACUAUUUCUGGGGAGCUUGCCAAAAACCAACCCAACUGGCAAGUCAGUGAUAAACGAGUCAAAAAGUUCAUGCAAGCCAAUGGCUUGAUCAACAGCGAUGACAGUACUGCUAAAGCCAGCAAUGGAAAUAAGAUUGACCUCAGUAAGGUUGAAAAAUCCGGUCUAGCCGACGAUCCCUCAGUGCCUGUGUCCUAUAUUGAUCCUCGACUUGACUUUAGCAGUUUAACGAACGCUGUCGAACCUCGUAUGGUGGAUCCUGUCACCGGUAAAGGUUUAUUUGCUAAACGCGAUAUUCAAAAAGACGAAAUCAUCUUCAGCGAAACACCUUUCACCUACUUCCCUCCCUGGGAAGGAUUCAGUAUGGCACGUGUCGGUCAAGCCUGUGGUCUCUGCUGCAAACCUAUUGCGUAUGUCAACCGUCUAACACAACACUGCGGUCAUUGUAAUAUGUAUUAUUGUAGUAAGGAAUGUCGCUCAGCUGCCUGGGAAAAGUUCCAUCAGCUAGAGUGUACACAAUUGAACGAGCAUAUGAGAGCGUUCAUAAACUUCUGUGAAGGCGAAAACUGGCAAGCACCCAUGGCCGUCAGUCGUAUGUAUGCACAAUUGAUCUUGGCCAAUCAACGUGGUGAAUUAGAAGAAGUACAAAACCAUUUGGAUGCUUUUGCCACCGUCAAUCAGGAAGAACGUCAAGCGAAGGAGACAGAAUGGAUUUUCAUGGAAGCACCUACACGAGAAUUAUGGAGCAAAGCACGUAAACUGCUCAAUAAAGCCUACAGAGACCCACCCAAACGCUGCAAGAUUACAAAAUCUUUACCUGAAGCCUUAAAGAAAAAGUUAUUUGAUGAUGAAGACACUUUUUUGAACUAUUUGGGCAAAUUCAACAUUAACAAUCAAAAUGGAGGCAUGUAUCUGUAUCACUCACAUAUCAAUCAUAAUUGUUACCCCAAUGUCAGCAUUGAUUACCCUCACCGUCAAUCACAAUAUAAGUUGUCCGUACGUGCUAUUCGCGACAUUAAGAAAGAUGAACAAAUUUUCGAAACUUAUGUGAAUCCCCGAUGGAACAAGGAAACUCGACAGACGUAUUUGGACAAAUCCUACUUGUUCAAAUGUGAAUGUCAACGUUGUAAAGAAGAUUUACCAUUAACAGACGAAUUACGUAAAGGCUUGAGAUUAAGACCUGAAUAAAAUAACAUAGAGCAACAUUAUAUAGAUUAUCUUUCAAAAUAAAUAGUUUUGCGAUUAUCAUUGCAGCCAGUAGCCAAUUCUGUGCACUGCAUGUUCCCAGCGAAAAACAUGGACCCUUUUGCGGGUGUUUAAAUAACCAGUAAUAACAAUAACUGCAGCAGCAACAGCAGUGAGGACGUGAUGAGAAUGAUCCUAAAC